GCACUCUGUAUUGAGACACACGCAUCUAACUGUUUCAGCGGAGAGAGAGGGGAGACGCGAGCAAGGCGGGAGGAGUGCUGUGCGCAACGUCGGUGCCAAUAGGCGCAGCGCUAUCUAAUUAAACCCCUGCCACGUAAUCCCAACGACACAAUUCCCCUGUUUAAAUCCACUCCACCGGCGGACACCACUUAAACACACUGUCCUCCGCUGUUAUCCCGUCCCGUUCCGGCUCCUGGAGGAGAGGAAACGCCAGCAGCAGCAGGACCAUCUCCGCACCGCGGCGCCGUCACUGCUGCCUCUUGCUUGCACUCUAACAUGGUUUACAGGGCUCGGCUGCUGUAGCCAACGGGCGCUUAUUCAGUCAACCGGUGCACAGAUGUGUGUGAUUGUGCAAUAGGAAUAGCAGCAGUAGGAUCCAGGCUGAAAUUUCGAACAGUCCAGCAACACGGUUCAUCAGGAGGUCCGGAGGAAGGCGUCCAGACUGAGCCGAGCAUCCCUGCAUCUCUAAUCGGCUGUCCUGCACAACGGCCCCGCCGAACCAGAGCAGGGAUACUCUCAUCCCCAGCUGCACCAACACCACCCCGGUUUAAAAGGGUGUGAAAAGUGGCCUGGAUAGUGCUGUAGUCACUGUUGUUGUUGUCAAGGAAACCAAGAGUCCUGUCCCGUUGCCAUGGGGAAACAGAACAGCAAGCUGCGGCCAGAGAUGCUGCAGGACCUCCGAGAGAAUACCGAGUUCUCCGACCAUGAACUGCAGGAGUGGUACAAGGGUUUCUUGAAGGAUUGCCCCAGUGGAACCCUGAAUGUGGAGGAAUUCAAGAAGAUAUAUGCUAAUUUCUUCCCCUAUGGUGAUGCCUCCAAGUUUGCUGAACACGUCUUCCGAACUUUUGACACGAAUGGCGAUGGGACGAUAGACUUCCGGGAGUUCAUCAUUGCCUUGAGUGUGACAUCACGAGGAAAGCUCGAACAGAAGCUGAAAUGGGCCUUCAGCAUGUAUGACCUGGAUGGAAACGGGUACAUCAGCCGUGAGGAGAUGCUUGAGAUUGUACAGGCCAUCUACAAGAUGGUGUCAUCUGUGAUGAAGAUGCCAGAGGAUGAAUCAACGCCAGAGAAGAGGACAGAUAAGAUCUUCAGGCAAAUGGACCUCAAUAAUGAUGGAAAACUGUCCCUUGAGGAGUUUAUCAAAGGUGCCAAAAGCGACCCUUCCAUCGUCCGGCUACUCCAGUGUGACCCCAGUUCGGCCUCCCAGUUUUGAACACCUGACCCUUUGUUCCUCAGCCUCUCUGUUGCUAUUGAACCAGUCACUCAAAUCAAUGCAUGAUGGUUCUAAUCUCUCUUAUCAUCUUUUCUGUUGUUGUUGUUGUUGUUGUUGUGUGCAAGGAUGGAGGAGGAAUUUAAGAGGAGAAUAAGAAAAGGCAUCAUGAUUACUUUACUUUCAUGUUACUAUCUGGGAAAAAUGGAGGGACGUAAAAUCAUUUAAUGAUGAAUUGACAGGAGGGUCUGCUAAUGUUUCCCAAUACCUCUCCCUCUGGAACACUGGAUUUCCAGGGAGCCUGUGACAAUGUUUUUUGCAGGAUGGGGAUUGCUUGGUUUCCCCUCCAACACUUGUAAAUCAUGUAUAUGCUAUAGGUCUGUGUAUAUCAUGAGGUGACGUCUUCAUAUAUGGUGCACACUCUCUGGCACUGAAAGGCAGUAUUAUGUAGCGUAGCUUCCUGGUCUGAUCUGAAUGAGUGGUCGGGCAGUGGAAGUAGGUGGGGUUUUACUGUUAUAUGAUCUGGCCCUGAAAAAAAGAAGGUCUAUGAUCCCAUCAGAUUUUAUUAGUUUUAGGGUUUUUUUUAUUUGUAUGUACUUUUCCUCAUUUGUUUUAUUUAUUCAUUUUUAUUCUAAUUAUCGUGCUUUUACUUUGCUAUGUAGAUGACCAUGUUCCAGUUUACACUGACAGAGAGAGCGAGAGAGAGAGGAAAUGUGGUAAGAUUGAUCUUUGGGAUUUGUUGAUUGAAAGUGUAUGAGUAUAAAAUUCUAAUGAAAUAAGGAGAUCCCAUAAUGCAUUUGGUCAAUGAUAUCAGUAGCACAUAUCAUUUGAUUCUUCAUGUGUUUUUAAAGUAUGGCUGUGCAUUCUGAAUGUGUGUGCGUGCAUGUGAAUAUGUAUGCUUACAGCUAACUUUUACAGUAUUACCAUGUUGUGUUGUUUCUUAAUUUGUAAGUAUUUUAAACUUCUUCAUCAACAAACAGUAACCUUAAAAUAGUUGUAAUCUGUCACUAUUCUGCAUGUUCUUACGAACCAGACAAAAUCCACAAAAACAGUUAACGCACAGCAGUGUGUUUUUGUAGCUCUGCAGCCUCCUCAGCACCAUUUAUAGCAGAAAAGAUUAACUCCUUGUCUUGCUGUGGGACACGCCCUGACCCCGGUCUCUUUUCCUCUGACAGACAGAGAACUCACUAAGGGCUUGUUCAUCACUCUCUCCAGCUGAAUGCUUUUAUAACCUCCUGGAUUAGUCUGCUUACAGAGCAGUUAGAUGAAGGGACAUGUUUCAUGAGGCUGCAGCAAGUUCACAUACUUGUUCAGAUUUAGAUUUUUAGGGUUUCCAGACAGUAAUCUGACAGAAAUUAGUGGUUGUGUUUACAUUAGUGCUGCUAGUACUACACUGUUAGUAGUAGCACCAAGGCACAGCAUCAGGUUUGUUACCUAAAUCAUAUUAAACAUAAGACAAUAAACUACGAUGUUUGUGUGUGCUAGUAGAGUUGUAAAACACUUAACAAUAAAAGCCUCUCAAAUACUGUGCAUGUGUAAAAACAGCCACUGGUUGCAGCAGUGGCUCCACUACUCACAUGUCUCGCACUUAAGACUCCCAUUGGCAGUUCACUAUUGCCAUCUUGUGUUUUCAAGGUUAGACACACACAAAUUCAGUCUGUGAAGUAGCAAACCAUUGUGCAAACUGAAAAGAAAAACCAUUUAAAGUAAAAGAAACACGGCAUACUGCAAAUACUCUUAGGCCUUUUUUAAUGAAGUACUACUUGAAAGCCUUUUAGAGAAGCAGCUUUUUGUUGAUGUUUAAUCACCAUAUUAUUUCUUUCCACGAUGCACAUUAAAGUCAGGCCAGUUAAGUACAGACCAUUCCAACAGCACUGGUGGAUACUUUUAUCUUAAACUAUAUUAUUGCUUUACUGGCACUUCUUUAUUUUUAUAGGAUGAUGCCAAUAUUUGUAUUUAGCAGUAGAAUAUAAUUAAGUACUAUUUAUACUAAUACUAGACUUAUAUUAAUACCUUGUUAAGGUUGUUUACCUAUUUUCAUUUUUGCAACUGUAUCAUACUUUAUUACAUUACAGAGACAAAUACUGUAUUCUACUUUUACUGCACUGUGCUUAUUUGACAGCUACUAUUAUUAUUUUAAAUAAUAGUUUUACGUACAGUAUAUGUAAACACAAACGCUAUUACUUUAAAAUCUCUGACAUUAUAGUUUAAACUAUCUACAAGUACAGGAAGUAGUAUAGUGUGGUAUUUCUGCUUUUGCAUACAGUAAGUACAUGGACAGAAUACUUCUUUUUUCAGCUGUCAUUUAACAAAACUGAUACUCUGAAUCCCUAAAUUGAUUAUGUCUGCACCCUCACAAUCACCAAAGGGCAAGGAUUCCAUAUUUAUGUCAUGAUUUUAUCCUUAUGAUUUUCAAAAAUUCCUUUUUCAAUGGGGCACUGCAGUGCUCAGUUAAAAUCCAGACUAAUUGUUUCAGUUGAGGUUCACUUUACACACUGCAGAAGAUGAAGGCUAAACUCAGACACUUCCAUCACACUUGGAUGAUUUCUCUGUCUGCCAUGUGAGAUAAAAAUAACUUUUGUUAUUUGGUAAUUAGCCUAAUUGUGAUGAAUUCAUCGUGUUACUCAGUAGCUGACUCACAAAAUGAAUUUAAGUGUGUGAUGGUGGCAGAGUGAACUACCAGCGAGAGCCUGCGAGCUGUACUGGUGCAGCUGCAUCCACGUGACAUUAGGAAUUAUCUAAGAUUAGUUUUCUCCAAACACUUGUACAGGAGCUUUCUAGCCAGUCAUGCUUCUGCUUUGGGGAUCCUAGUGUCACUGCCUUCUGCUGGUAGGAUAAAGAAUAACCGUUGCUACCCUGAUCUACUACAGUUAAGCCUGUUUCUGUUCACUGCCUCUGAUGAACUGGUACCUUGUGUUAAAUAAAUACAGCCCCGACUUCUUUCCUUCCUACUUUUCUGUUGCAUGAAAACCUCAUGUGAGGAUGUCAUGUUUGUUCCCUUGGACCUGAAAUCAAAAUAUACCUAUGUGUUUCAAAGCUG